UUCUUUCGGACACCACCCCCCCCGCCAACCCUUGCCCCGCUAGGCGGCGCCGCUAGUUUCCAUCCUAUUUCUCUUAUGAAAGUAUCAGGUACCCCACCCCUAUCUUUAGAUUUGGUGAUAGUUCCCUUAAAAAUGGAAUGAACAAUCUACCCCAUCCUUUUCUCACAAUAUCAACUAAAUUCCAGCAAAAGGCAAAAAAAAAAAAAAAAAUCUUUUUAUUGUAGCUUAGUGUUUGCAACUUGAUGUGUAGUCAGACAAACCUGUAAUCUGUCUCCGCUGAUCAGUCACUAGCUGUGUCAUUCUAUGGAACUCCCAUCACCUGCAAAUCUGAAGAAAAAUGCAUGCGAGCACACAGGACGUUUUGGGCAAAGACGGCCUUUAAGCUUUUGUUUUUACUAAGAAUGCCGCUCUCUAGUGAAACACCAGCCAGUUCUGGAAGGGACCCGGCACGGUGUUGAUGACAUCACUUCCGAGCGACAGGUUCGGGCUUUCUCCUGCAGCAAUACGGGCAGUCGACAGUCUUUACUAGGGAAAGGAGACAAGUGCUAGCACCUGCUCCCCAAGAGGAAGGUGGGUGAAAUUGCUCACUCUUCACCGCAAUGAUGGUGUGCACCUGGAAACGCGGUUCCAGUUCGCGCCCUUCGCUGCUUUAUAGCAGACCAGAGAACAGCGCUACCCAAGUCACGUGGGUUCACCCUGCAGCUUUCUUGGCCCCAAAGCGAAUUAUCUAUAGAGUAAGUAUGCUAACCUUGAAUAAGACAGCAGGAGUUUUUAAACCAUCAAAAAGGAAAGUUUAUGAAUUUUUAAGAAGUUUUAAUUUUCAUCCUGGAACACUAUUUCUUCAUAAAAUAGUAUUGGGAAUUGAAACCAGUUGUGAUGAUACAGCAGCUGCUGUGGUGGAUGAAACUGGAAAUGUGUUGGGAGAAGCAAUACAUUCCCAAACUGAAGUUCAUUUAAAAACAGGUGGAAUUAUUCCUCCAGUAGCUCAACAGCUUCACAGAGAAAAUAUUCAACGAAUAGUACAGGAAGCUCUUUCUGCCAGUAGCAUCUCUCCAAGUGACCUCUCAGCAAUUGCAACUACCAUAAAACCAGGACUUGCUUUAAGCCUGGGAGUGGGCUUAUCAUUUAGCUUACAGCUGGUAGGACAGUUAAAAAAGCCAUUCAUUCCCAUUCAUCAUAUGGAGGCUCAUGCACUUACUAUUAGAUUGACCAAUAAAGUAGAAUUUCCUUUUUUAGUUCUUUUGAUUUCCGGAGGUCACUGUCUGUUGGCACUAGUUCAAGGAGUUUCGGAUUUUCUGCUUCUUGGAAAGUCUUUGGACAUAGCACCAGGUGACAUGCUUGACAAGGUGGCAAGAAGACUUUCUUUAAUAAAACAUCCAGAGUGCUCCACCAUGAGUGGUGGGAAAGCCAUAGAACAUUUGGCCAAACAAGGAAACAGAUUUCAUUUUGACAUCACACCUCCCUUGCAACGUGCUAAAAAUUGUGAUUUUUCUUUUACUGGACUUCAACACCUUAUUAAUAAAAUAAUAAUACAAAAGGAAAAAGAGGAAGGUAUUGAGCAGGGACAAAUCCUGUCUUCAGCUGCAGACAUUGCUGCCACAGUACAGCACACAACAGCAUGUCAUAUUGUGAAAAGAACACAUCGGGCUAUUCUGUUUUGUAAGCAGAGAGACUUGUUACCUCAAAAUAAUGCAGUACUGGUUGCAUCUGGAGGUGUUGCAAGUAACUUCUAUAUCCGCAGAGCUCUGGAAAUUUUAACAAACGCAACACAGUGCACUUUGAUGUGUCCUCCUCCCAGACUGUGCACUGAUAAUGGCAUUAUGAUUGCAUGGAACGGUAUUGAAAGAUUACAUGCUGGCGUGGGCAUCUUACAUGACAUAGAAGACAUCCGCUAUGAACCAAAAUGUCCUCUUGGGGUAGACAUAUCAAAAGAAGUUGAAGAAGCUGCCAUAAAAGUACCGCGAUUAAAAAUGAACCUAUGAUUUUUGCUGUUCAAAAAAAUCCCUACAGACGGCGUCUUGCUAUGUUGCCCAGGCUGGACUAAAACUCUAGGCCUCAUGUAAUCCUCCAACUUCAGCCUCCAAGGGCCAACUUCUCACACAUCAUUUUUAAAAAGUAAAAAACGUAGAGUAAUAAAAAUAAUCUUUAUGGGGGGCAUUGUACUUUAGGAGAAAUAGUACACAUUUUAGGAGUGGUAAGAUGGUCUGGCUAGGCCAAGAUACUCAGGAAAUAACUGGAAUUGAAUGCAGAGAAACUCUGAUAACCUGAUAAUAGUUCUAAAAUACAGUCUUGAGCACACCUGAAACCAGUUUCAGAGCUCAAAAGUUGCCCUCUAAAGGCUUUUAAAAAUAUCUACAGAAGCUUACUAUAUCCAUUCUUAUGAAUUCUUAUCCUUAAUUGUGCUGGAUAAUAGAAUUUAUCUUUUGAAUAUGUAUUGAUUUCUAGUAUAAAAUAUACAAUUUCCCUCCACAUUUCCUGUAUUUUGGUCAAUCCACCAGAAAGUUGUGACUCAGCACUAUUAAGAUAAUUUAGAAUUAAAUACAAAGAUUAAAGAGGUCUCUUAUUUUUCAGUGGUUAAGAACACAAGCUUUGGGCCAAGCAUGGUAGCUCAUACCUGUCAUCCUAGUGCUUUGGGAGGCCAAUGGAGGAGGAUCACUUGAGGCCAGGAAUUUGAGACCUGUCUGGGCAACAUAGCAGAGAUCUCAGCCUCCUAAGUAGCUAGGACUACUGGCCUCUACCACCACACUCAGGAAAACAGAGACCAAUGACCUGUAGCCCUAGCUACUCAGGAGGCUGAGGUGAGAUGAUUGCUUUGAACCCAGGAGUUUAAGGCUGCAGUUAGCUGUGAUUGCACCAUUGCCCUCCAGCCUGGAUAACAGAGCAAGACCCUAUCUCAAACAAAUAAAUAAAUAAUCAUUCAUUCACUCACUCACUGGCUCUGGCCUCUGGCACAUAAAAGCCCUAAGUACAUAUCAGGGAAAAUAACUGCUAAUUAAUAUAUCUUACAGUGCUAACUGCAGCCCAGGUAGAGAAUGGAUUAUAGCAAGACCCUCAGACUGUAUGGAGGCAAUUGAGCAAGUGGAUGGAGAAAAGGGGAGCUUUAAAGUACACAGUGAAGCCGAGCACAGUGGCUCACACCUGUAAUCUCAGCACUUUGACAGGCCAAGGCGGGUGGAUCACCUCAGGUCAGGAGUUCAAGACCAGCCUGGCCAACAUGGUGAAACCUCAUCUCUACUACAAAUACAAAAAUUAGCUAGGCGUGGUGGUGGGCACCUGUAAUCCCAGCUACUCAAGAGGCUGGGACAGAAUUGCCUGAACCCAGGAAGCAGAGAUCCUACUUAUCUUUACAGAAAUCCUACUUAUUUUUUGAAACCAUAACUCUGACCUGAUACUAAAUUCCAAAGACAUGCUAAGGAAAAUCUGCUUGAUAUCAAGAUCAAGAACUUCCAUUCAAAAAGAUUAUUCAGCUGUAUUAUUGCAUAUUACCAUAAUUAAAAAUUAAAAUUUUUUUAAAAGAUG